ACAAUUCGUAAACAAAAGAUCAACGAGGACGCCAACCGGAGGGCGGACAUGUUGCUUCUCAGAAAAAAGACAAAAAUGUUGCGGUUCAUAAUUCUGGGAGCGUUCGUCGCUCUUUCUUCGGCACAAUUUCAACCUCAACCUGCUGGAAGAGUUCUAGAACCGCCUAUUCCAACUCUAUGUGCCCAAAGAAACAUUCAUGAACGUUUCAAUGGCAAGGGUUACUACUACUCAUGGGCAGAUCCAAGGACAAGUGGACAAGAAGUAGACUGGCUUUCUGGCAGAAAUUUCUGCAGACAACGUUGUAUGGACCUUGUUUCUCUAGAAACUUCAGCUGAGAACGAGUUUAUCAAGAGCCGCCUCGUACAGAACAAGGUCAAGUACAUCUGGACUUCUGGGCGCCUUUGUGACUUCAAGGGCUGUGACAGACCCGACCUUCAACCUCUUCACAUCAACGGAUGGUUCUGGACUGCUGAACUUCAAAAAUUGGCACCAACCAACGAUCGCAGUCAGAACGAUUGGUCCGAAAGUGGAGGUAUUGGAAAACCCCAACCAGACAACCGUGAAGCAAUUCAAGGAGGAGCUCCCGAAAACUGUUUGGCUCUUCUUAACCAGUUUUACAACGAUGGUGUUAAUUGGCACGACGUUGCUUGCCAUCACAAAAAGCCAUGGGUUUGCGAGGAAAAUGAUUCCCUUUUGAAAUACGUGCGUUUCACCAACCCCAACAUUCGUCUUUAAAUUUCUAUUAGUUUAAGACUUUGAAAAUAUUCUCAAAAUUCAUUCAAGAACGGACACUUGCAGAACGAUUGAUGAAAGAUUUGUUAAAAAAAAAACAACAACAAAAAAACAACAAGAACAGAUAACUGGUUUAAAGAUUAUAAAACUGAUAACUGAAGUUCAAAUAUCGAGUAAGAAAGCCACAUAAUUAAGAGAAGUGACUGAGUAGUUUGUACGAACAUUGUAUUUAUUGCAAAGGUGACAUCGAUAAUUUUUUUUGCAUUAUUUUCUAUAAUGCAUAACGACUUUUGUUGACUUCUUUCUUCACAUAACUGAGUAAGGUAGACAAAUAGGUUUGUAACCGUCGACUAAAUGGAGUAUUUAUGUUGUAUGUGUGCUGUAUUGAGUUGUACUUUUCUGUAUGAUUUCUCAGAACAAAUAUAUUUUCUUUUUUAAGGUA